AUGAUUAUUUUAUUAUCAUUCUUGUUGAUAAACGCAUCUGAAUUUAUUCCAUCCGAACGUUAUGGGCAUACUGCGAAUUAUAAUGAGAUUGACAAUAAAAUCUAUUUUUUGGGAGGAGUAGAUCGCAACAAUAGCACUUUGGCUGAUUUCUUUACACUUGAAAUAUCAAACUCACUGAAUAUAAUAGCUCCAAAUUUUGAGCAGCAAAUACUUAAUCCUACGCCGCCGCCCAAAGUAGCUUUUGUAACUUCAGUGAUAAAGAAUUCAAAAAUUUACGUAUAUGGAAGCUCUGAUGACACAAUG